AUAGGGAUUCCACGAUGGCUGAAUCCAAUGUGCAGGAUCUAACGAUAGCGAUGGGUAAACAACUAUCUUUAACAGCAGAUGAAGAUGUUGGCCUUGAUUUAGAUGAUGGAAUAGGUAAUGAUCCUGAUGGCGGAGUCUCCAAGUGGUGCAUAGUCGGAACGGUUCUGACUAGGAAGCGGUAUAACAUGGAAGCGAUGGAAUCUACACUAGCUGGGGUAUGGAAACCAGUAAAAGGUAUGCACAUGCGAAUCCUGGGGCAUAACCAUUUUGCUCUUUAUUUUUUUCAUCCAGUGGACAUGAACCGAGUGCUGGCAGCGGGUCCAUGGCGUUUUGCUGAUCAUGUCAUGAUCCUAAAGGAGGCGCAUGAUGGAAAGAUGAUAACUAAGGAGGAACUUUUUGAGGUUCCAUUCUGGAUCCAGAUCCAUGACUUGCCACCAAGCCGAAUGACUGAAGCAACAGGUAGAAGAAUUGGUGCAGAAAUUGGGAGACUCAUUGAGGUGGACGCAGGGAAUGGUCAGGUAUGGGGUACAGAUUAUAUUCGUGUUCGCGCGUUUAUUGACUCAAGGAAACCUCUGCGACGUGGCAUGAAGCUUUCUUUGAAGGAUGGGCUAGUUUGGGUUUCGUUUCGGUAUGAGCGGCUCCCGCAUUUCUGUUAUUGUUGUGGCAUGUUGGACCAUGUUGAACGGGACUAUGAGUUGGGUUUGGAGCUAGAACAUAGGGGAGUAACGGAGCGGCCUUAUGAUGACAGGCUUAGAGCAGCAUCGAAACGGGAGAGACAGGAGGCCGCAACGAAUAAUGGGAGAUGGUUGCGUGACGCCGCCGGCUUCCCAACCGGUGAGAACUCACGGGAGAGACACCAACUCCCAAAAUUGGGAAGAAGGCCUGAUUUGGAAAUGUGCAAUGUUCACGGAAGGGAGAUUGGCAUGAAUGGCCGUGAUUAUCGGGACGCAACAAAGAAUCCGGUGGAGCAAAUGAGUGCCUUAAAUUCGGGCUGUCAAAUAUUGCAGGGAUACGGUAGUUUGGGAAAUUGUCAGUCUGAUUCGAGCCCCAAAACGCAGUAUAUGGAAAGACAGCAUAAUCAAGGGAAUACAGGGAAUAUUGUUGAUAUCUGUGAUGGAGCUCCCGCCUUAAAUUUGAAUGUUCCAGAGAAGCAUAGUCCUCCACUGGGGGCCCCCCCUCCCAAACAAAGUGGGCCAGGUCUUUCUGAUAAUAUGGAAAGACAACAAGGCCAUAAUAGUGCUGGGCCUCUCCGCUUCGCUGAGACCCAAGAAUCGGACUCAAUCUUUGUGUUCUCCUCGACCCCGUGUGAUAACCCUCCGAAGACUAGAUCUUGGAAGAAGGAGGCUCGAGAACGACGCCAUUCUAGCUCACACACUUUAAGUUCUUCCUGUCGGAUCAAGAGGAAGGACGAGCAAUCCCAAAUCCUUGUAAGCCCGCCGAUCACCAUGAGUCUCUUCUGUUGGAACUGCCGAGGGCUUGGGAACCCUCGUGCAGUUCGUUGCCUCAUCGAACUGGUGGGGCUGAAGCAGCCUGCAGUAGUGUUUUUGUGUGAGACUCUACUGGAUAAAAGAGGAAUGGACAAAGUAAGAAGAAGAUUGGGUUUCAGUCAUUGCUUUACAGUGGACAAAGUGGGACGCAGUGGCGGUUUGGCUAUGCUUUGGAAGCAUGACAUACAACUAUCACUUCUCUCCUAUUCACGGAAUCAUAUAGAUAUGAAGGUUGAACACAUGGGCUCUUGCACAUGGCAUUUCACAGGUUAUUAUGGGCACCCUGAGAGACACAACCGAAGGCACUCGUGGCAACUUUUACAAGAUUUAGCCACAAAAUCUGAGCUACCAUGGCUGAUUGGAGGGGAUUUUAAUGAUCUCUUACAACCAGAUGAUAAAGUAGGCGGUAAUCCUCAGCCUAAGUGGAUGCUACAUGGCUUCAGGGAAGUGGUGGAAGCAUGUAACUUAAAGGAGAUACAAAUGGUCGGAGGCCAUUUCACUUGGCGUCGAGGAGGUGUUAAAGAGAAGUUGGACAAAGGCCUUGCCACCCUCAGAUGGCGGAAUUUGUUCCCUCGAGCAAAAGUUAGAUUACUGCCCCCCUUGUCCUCAGAUCAUUCUCCGCUAUGGGUUACUCUUGAUAGCCAUUAUAAGCGUCACAAUAGACGCAAGAAGAGAUUUCGGUUCGAAGACAUGUGGCUCCCAGAUCCUGGGUGCAAUGAAACAGUGCUUUCUAGUUGGAGUUCUAUUACAGGUGAAGGAAAUUGGAGUUGUUUACUACAGAAAAUCAGUCUUAGUUCUAUGAGACUCCAAAGCUGGAAUUAUUCCCAUUUUGGCCAUGUGCAGACUCAACUUAAGCAACGCAUGGAACACCUUGAGUCGUUGAAGAAUAUGCCUUCCUCAGAAGCUAUUCAGAAUGAAGAACAAAAGGUGCUUGCUGAAACUGAAGAGUGGUUGGAAAGGGAGGAGACCAUGUGGAGACAACGAUCACGUGAAAUUUGGUUGCAAGAGGAAGGUCUCACAGCGAUGUUAAAUGAUGCUGUAACCAGAGGAAGUUUGCAUAGUAUCCAAAUAUGUAGGCAAGCACCGAAAAUCUCUCACUUGUUUUUUGCUGAUGAUAGUUUUCUGUUCCUUCGAGCCAAUGAGACUGAAGCUAGAAAUUUAAUGGUUAUUCUGCGAGGCUAUGAAGCUGCAUCUGGCCAAGUGAUCAACUUGCAAAAAUCCUCCAUUACUUUUAGCAAUAACGUGCAACAGAGGACACGAAGCUGUAUCUCCACAGUUUUGGGCAUGAUAGAAGUCGAGCUUCCGGGAAGGUAUCUGGGUCUCCCUACUUACAUAGGCAGAUCAAGAACAACCGUUUUCUCUGGCCUGAAGAGCAGAUUCUGGGCACACAUAAGUGAGUGGCGAGAACAGCCACUAUCUCGAGCUGGUCGAGAAGUUCUCAUUAAAUCCGUGUUACAAUCUCUCCCAACUUACUUGAUGAGUCUCUUCCUCUUACCGGCUUCGCUAUGUACCGAUCUGGAGCGUAUUAUGAAUCGAUAUUGGUGGGGAGGAGGGGAGGACGAGCACAAGAUCCACUGGAUGGAAUGGAAGAAGCUUGCCACCUCAAAGAGAGCAGGGGGCUUAGGCUUCCGAGCUAUGCGUGAUUUCAACCUAGCGAUGCUAGGAAAGCAAGGUUGGCGGCUCUUAACAUACCCGGACUCCUUAGCAGCAAGACUUAUGAAGGCAAAAUAUUUUCCUCGUUCGGACGUGCUUCAUGCAGAGCUAAAAUCUCCCUGUAGUUUCACAUGGCGCAGCAUCUGGUACUCAGCAACUCUGUUAAAGCAAGGUUGUAGACGCCUGAUUGGAGAUGGUCGAAGUACAGAGAUAUGGGGUGACCCCUGGCUCCCUGGCAAUCUGCAAUUUUAUGUUCAAUCACCCCGGCCUCAUGGGUGUGACCUUCGGUUUGUAAGUGAACUAAUUGAUGAAGAAACGAACUCGUGGCGUAGAGAUUUGGUCCUUGCGACUUUCACUGCACAUGAAGCUCAACUGAUAUUAACCAUGCCUUUGAGCUGGAUGAGGAGGGAAGAUAGCUGGAUGUGGCACUUUACCAAGCAUGGAAAUUACACUGUAAAAUCUGGGUACUAUAGAGCUCCUGGUAUGGCAAGGUCCCAGGAUGGGUCGUCCACAUCCUCAACACUCUUUGGAGGCAACCGGAUCUGGUCCCUGCAUAUCCCAGAAAAGGUGCGCUUGCUUGUUUGGAGUGCUUACCAAAAUGUUAUCCCUACAAAGGACAAUCUCCAUAAAAAACAUGUUGAUGUGGACUUGGAAUGCCCGUUGUGUGGGGUGGAGAGGGAAUCUGUUUUUCACUGUUUUGUCUCUUGCUCCCUAGCCCGUGCAGUAUGGCUGGGUUGUCCUUUAAACCUGAGGGUCUCUGAACUUCCUGGGGAUGACUUUGCAAAUUUUUUUGAUACCACAGCCAGCGUCUUAGGGGCAGAGCAGCUAGAACUUGUCUGUCUGCUGUGUUGGAAUUUAUGGACAUGCCGGAAUGCUGCUCUCUGGAAUAAUUCUCGCAGUAACCCGCAGCACAUCAUCCAGCGCACUAUGCACUUGAUGAAGGAAUAUAGGACAGCUAUACUAUCGAGGGGCAGAGGGGCAGCAGUAGUGCAGCAAGUUAGUGAAACCAGAUGGCACCCUCCAGAUUCCGGAUUUAUAAAGUUAAAUGUAGAUGGAGCAAUAUCUGUCCAGAACAGAGGUUUUGGUAUGGGUGCACUGGCGCGUGACCAUGCAGGGGCGGUACUUGCAGCUAUGGCAUGCAAAGGCCAGGGGGCAGUGGAUGCUGAAGUGGCUGAAGCCUGCAGUCUUCGAAGGGCUCUUCAGUGGGCUCAUUCCCUCUCUUUUAGAAGAAUUGUAGUGGAAUCUGAUUGCGCAACCAUUGUAUCAGCAAUCAGCAGUGAAACUCUCGAAAUGAACUCCAGUUUGGGCCUCAUUCUUCUCGACUGCAAAGCACUGUUGGCGUCCUUUGAAUCUUGCCGAGUACAACAUGUCCGCCGUGUGGGUAAUGCUGCGGCUCACGAACUCGCACGGAGAGCACUCAGCGCUGAGGAUGAUGAGUUUUGGGUGGAUGCUAUACCAGCUACCAUUAUGUCUAUUGUAACAAGAGAUAUGCACCAUAUCUGAUCAUGUAUUUGCUUCCUGUUUUGAAGUUCUAAAUAAAGCUUCCGUAUGGCU